AUGCCACUAAACAUCCUCCUCUACGGCGUCGGCAGCGUCGGUGCUAUUUACCUGCACCAACUGCAACGCUCCGGCUGCACCGUAACCGCCAUCUGCCGCUCCAACCACGACGCCGUGCGCACAUCCGGCUUCACCCUGACCAGCGCGCUCUUCGGCACCGUCAUCUACCGACCAGACCACGUCUAUCGGUCCGUGGACGACCUUCCCCGCGACCAAGUCUACGACUACAUCAUCGUCACGGCGAAAUGCUUCCCUGACAGCACUCCCUCACUCGCGGAGCAACUCCGCCCCGCGCUGACAAACCCAUCUCGCCCCACCACGGCCAUCGUGCUGGCGCAAAACGGCAUCGAUAUCGAAGCUCCCAUUGCUGCUGCAUACCCCGACAAUCCGCUCAUUAGCGCGGUCAUUUAUCUCCCGGCUACCCAGACCGAGCCGGGGAUCAUUCAGCAUCCGGAGCCACUCAAUAAGAUUGAACUGGGCACGUACCCGGCGACUGCGCCGCAGGAACACAUCGACGCUGCUAUGAAGCUUGCGGAGACUAUGCGCAGCGGAGGAGGCGAGGCUAGUGUGUUCGAGGAUAUUCAGCAAGCAAGGUGGAAGAAGCUCUUGCUGAAUGCGGUGUGUAAUCCAACCGGGGCCUUGUCGAUGUGCACGGAUGGUGGAUUCCUAGUCACCUCGCCGUUCGCGAAAGAUCUGGUGUGGGGUGUUAUGAUGGAAGUGGUGGCGUUGGCGAGGAAGGUAGGUGUGGCUGGGGUGGAUGAAGAGGCGGCGGAAAGGCUGUUUGCUAUUUCAAAGAGACGGGCAGAACAGGGAACGGGGAGAGCAUUGAGCAUGUUGCAGGAUGUGAAAAUGGGGAGGCCCUUUGAGGUAGAGGCGAUUGUGGGUAAUGCGGUGCGGUUGGGAAGGAGAAUGGGGGUAGAAAUGCCGAGGUUGGAGACGGUAUACGCAUUGGCAAAAGGGAGAUAUGAUGUUAUGGUCGAGACUGGGAAAUAG